AUGUCGAAUCACAACAAUGGCACCAGAGGCACCAAGGGUCGUACUGGUAACGUUAGUAGUAGCAAUGGCGGAAGAAACAAGUCGGUCUUUCUCAGUACGUUUCUUCUGACCAGCUGCGUUCUAGUCGCGCAACAGCUCGUUAGCGACGUGUUUUUCAAGAGCAGCAGGAAUCUAUCCAUGUCGGGAUUGAUGAAUGCAUUGGCGGAGGUUGAUGUUCGUAAUGUUUCGACAUCGUUCAUGACAACCUUGUCGUCGUCGAUAAACAACAACUUUAUGCAGACAAAAGACGAGUUUGACCAACUUGACGCAGGAGACAAAACCACGACUUCAGGCCUCAGUCUCCUCGAACUUUCCAGGGAGAGCGCACGAAACCACCAAGAUCAUCACAACUGUACUUGGCCUUUUGUAUUGGUGGAAGAUCGAAUCAUGAUGGGGUCCACGAGCACCGCCAAGGACAGCGACGACAAUGACGAGGCAAAAUUCGAUCUUUGGGCGUACGAGAGCCAAACACGAAAAAUCCCACGAGUCGUUCACCUCGCAUGGAUUCAUGACAAUCCGGAAGGAGGUCCCAACAAUCCAAACAGAGGCCGAUGUCUUCAUCACCUUCAAGCUCGUGCGGUGGACAAGUGGAAAAAGGCAAUGCCCAACUACAGCGUGGUCUUGCACGAUGACUACAUGGUGGCAAAACUCAUGAACCAAACCAACUGGCCGGCAUUUCCCGAGUUGACUCGAGUUUUGAACUGCGUCAAGAUGCGCAAUGCCAUGCUCAUUGAUAUCUGGAGAGCUCUGGUUCUCUACCAGUUUGGUGGAAUCUAUGCCGACAUGGAUGCCAUUCCUACAAACAACUUUUCAGAACAGCUGAUUGUACCUGAAGCUGAUUUCUUCUCCUUUAGUGAUGACUGGAACAGGCCUUCCCAAUGGUGCUUUGCCGCAUCACCAGGACAUCCCGCGACAUACUUUACCAUUCAUGAAAUCCUCAAGCGUCUCUUGGAUUUGCCACAAAUUGAAGCACCCAGGCUGGUACAGACAACUGGUCCCGAAGCACUCAAGAUUGGCUACGGAAAGGCGUUCCUUUGGAAAGAUGACAGGCACACGGAAGGGAAGCAUUACGGCAUGUUCAAUGCCACCAGUAUCAAAUACACAAGGCAGAAAGCAGGCGAAUGCAUACAGGGGGAUCGAGGAGACCCUUAUCCCUACAACGCAACACACAAUUGGACCAUUGGGCAACAAGUCAAAGCGGAUACAGGCGACGUCCAUUGGACAGAGGGGCGACUAUACAUUGCUAGCAAAACGACGCAGAGGUGA